AUGGAAGGAAAGUGCUCGAACAAAGGGGAAUGUGAACGGAAGGGCAAAGCUAUUUCUUCUGAUGAUGUUGAGGGUACAAUCAUCUCUGCGAAAAAGAAAGGAUCAGAAAACAAGUACCCAAAAGGGAAAGAAAUGGCAGAGGGCUCAUCCUGGGAUUCCCAAGAAAAAAUACCCGAAGGUCAUCCUUCUCCUGUUGCUGUACCAGAUCCUGGCGUCGAGAAUGUGUCCGAACAUGCUUCUUCUGCAAACGUUUCCAGCCUACCACCGGUGGCGGAUGAAUCUCCUUUGGUGCCCAAAAUGAAUACCGACUUCCCAUGCAGAUACUGCACAAGACGAUUCCCCUCUGCCCAGGGAUUGGGUGGUCACCAGAACUCCCACAAGAAAGAGCGGGAGCGUUCCAAGAGACGAAGAAUGCAUGGUUACAUGCUACAUUCCUCCCCAAGCCUCGUAGACGCUCCUAUUUACCCUGAUUACAGCAUAUUUUCCAAUGGUGUAUCCCUCGGGUAUCCUCAGCUUUCUCUCCGUCAAGCCAACACUUUUACACUCGCAAGGCCAUCAUCACAUUCACAGGGGCACCCUUACUCCCCCUCUUUGCCUUUUUCUCCAAACACCAAAUACCCACAAUCAACUACUGGGUUGAAUUUAGGAGAAUUUGGUCAACCCUCUAAUAUGUGGUUUAACUGUAAUCAAUUGUCAGGUUAUGACAGGUUUACCACGAUUGGCGCCCACCCUGGGAACAAUGAUAAUGACAAUCAAGCUAGUGGUAAUACGAGGAGUGAUUUUAACUCUCUUGGAAUGGAACACAACGAAGGUGGCAACCUAGCCGGAGGUUUCCUAACAGUAAAGGAGAAUACCUGUUUGGUUGCUUCUGGAUUUGAAGCUGGAGGCACCAGUAGCGGGGAUAGAAAUUUCCUUGGGGUUUCUCAAGGAGAAAGUACUGUGAGUCAUGAAAUCCAGGAUACUAUUAAAGGGUACGAAGAAGAAGAGAGUGAUGGUACUAUUGAUCUUCUUUCACGGGUUGGGAUGGGUAACACAGAAGAUGCAGAUGCAGAACUCAAUGCUGAUUGUGUCAACCAAUUAACUAGAAUGUGGAUGAUGGUGUAA